AUGGGUGUUGGUGGCAUUGCAUUCCUGCCUGAGAUCUGGGCUGGCUGGCUGGCCGGCCGGGCUCUCAGACACCAUCUCAAUUACGUACCGAGCGAGUACCGAGGAUUCUCACAGCUACCUUACCUACCUAUCCGCCUCAUGGCAACACAUGUCCCCUCCCUCACGUCCGUGCUUAGAGUGAGACCGAGGCUUAUUGUUGAAGCGGGCUGUGACGACACGGCGGGAGAACCGAAACCAAAAAGCUUAACGUACGCAGAAUACAAAGAUGGGGGAAAGUCGAGCAUCGUGCCAGCAGCACUGAGCUUUGAAGCAUGGCCGCCAUCGAGUGGUCACCAAAGAAAAUUCAAUUGCACCACUGAUUCGGCACCAUAUUUUGCCUCCUGUUAA